AUGGGGCCUGGCAAGGACACCAAGAGAGCCAUGUCAACGGUCAGCCUUAUAGUUUUGGCUCUAGACUACAGCUUCAGUGUUUACAGUUUCACUGACCACGGUGAAAGCUUCUGUAGUGUUUUUCCUGGCUGGAUCUUCACAGGGAAGUCAUGCCUGGAACGGUUGCGGCUUCUUGGCCAGAACGCCGGUGCCUGGAGUAAAUGGAGAAAUCCCUGGUCAACCUCAGUCUGUGGGUCACAUGAUUCUUUCAGCUACUGGGUUGAUGAGAAAUCUCCUGUGGGACCAGACCAAGCCACAGCCAUCAAACGUUUGGCCAGAAUUUCCUUGGUUAAAAAGAUCAUGAAGAAAUGGUCAGUGACUCAAAAUCUGACUUUCAAAGAGCAGUUGGAAGGUGGGAUCCGCUACUUUGAUCUUCGUGUAUCUUCCAAACCUGGGGAAAUAGGACAAGAGAUUUACUUCAUACACGGCUUGUUUGGCAUCAAAGUAUGGGAUGGGCUGAAGGAGAUUAACACCUUUCUUGAGCAGCACCCCAAGGAAGUAAUCUUCUUGGAUUUCAAUCACUUCUAUGCCAUGGAUGACAGCCAUCACUUCUUCUUGAUCAACAGGAUCCAGUCAGCCUUUGGAUCCAAACUUUGUUCUGUUGAAUGUGUAGAAUAUGUGACGUUAGAGUACAUGUGGGAGAAGAAACACCAGGUUCUCAUAUUCUACCACUCCCCUUUGUAUCAGGAAUACCCCUUCCUGUGGCCAGGGAAUAAAAUGCCAGCACCAUGGGCCAAUACAACCAACGUGCACAAACUGUUACAGUUCCUGGAGACCACUCUUGAGGAACGAAGUCGUUAUGGGACUUUUCAUGUUUCUCAAGCAAUUCUCACACCUCGAGUGAAAACUAUUGCACGGCAUCUAAUUCGUGGUCUGAAGAACACGCUUGUUCAUAGGAAUCUGCCCAUGAUUUUAAAUUGGGUGAAAGCACAGAAACCAGGUGUUAUGGGUGUUAACAUAAUUACGUCAGACUUUGUGGAGCUGGUUGACUUUGCUGCUACAGUUAUUGCAUUAAACGACCUUCUUUUAGAAGAUGAUGAAUCUGCAAGUACAUCAUGAUUGCUGUGUGCCACUUGUGCUCCUCAGUGGACAUCUUCGAACUAUGCUAAAUGUUUUAUUUAUUAAGUGAAACCUAUUGUAAUCUGUUUACUUAAAAAAAGUUUUCUAGAGGAAACGUGGUUAAACAUCACAUACAGGCAGGUCCCUUCUCCCAGGGAUGUGUGGAUCCGAGUGGAACAGAAAGUGCUUUCUGAGUGCUGCUGCGUGUUUGUCUGUGGCUGCGUGUUUGACUAAGUUAUGCACACAUCUGCUGCAGUCCGGCGCAUUGUCUGCCUGCCAACAAGAGGCUGGCCUCCGAAGCAGAUGUACCCGAUUAUGGUGCGCGUCUCCCUGGUGACUGGACUCACCGUGCCCUUGUGUGCACAUCCUGCUGAUUUCUCAACACCAGGGCUCAAACCGAGGAUCGCUGCUGAUCCCUUAGCAGCAGUGUGACCAGGCUAGCCGGGAUGGUAUUGUUCUUGGGCCACCUCAGGCGUAGCUGGGCUCAGCUGGAGGCUGCUGCUGUAUUCAUUACACUGUUUUAGACACUACCUCUGACUUACUUGAAGAAACAAUAUUGCCGUUGUUCGGGGGGAAGCUGUUACGCUGUGUUGAAUAUCUGAACCGUCCUUUGGGCCUGAGAGGCGAAGGCUUGGCAUGCCUUGCCUCUUUGGACUCCAGACUCUUCUUCUGGACCUUUUUAUUUUAUGUUAAUACUUUAAUACACAUAUUGUAACCAUGUUUAAGUGUGUUUCUUUUGGAGAAUAUUUCAGUCUUCGAGUCAUGAGAAUCGUAACUCACAAGCCUGAAUUCCUGUUGUGAGACAUAUGAGAAACCACAGCACAACGUUUUUCUUGCUCGGCACUUGUUUUUUUUCCAUCUAUCAAGUUUUCUUUGGGGAAAGUCUCUCACCCAGAUGGCCUUUCUCUGGAAGGAGGUGGGCUAAGUGGGAGUUUGCUUGGUAUUCAAAGAACUGGAGCUGACAGGGACUGCUCAAAACACAAAUACUGCAUCUCCGAUUUGCGAUGUGACAAUGAAUUUUGAAAUUAGACCCAAAAGUUGUGGUGGUUGUCGGAGAGCCACAGCUAUGGGGGAGAAAAUUCCCCAGCCUGCACCUGCUUGUGACAAAGUAAGCAAUAGUCACGCAAGCAUGGGGAGGCGUCAGUGCUGCUUCUUUCUGUAGUCAUACUCAUUUUUGUGUUGAUUCACAACAAAAUGUGACCACUUGUGCUUCAGUCAGUGCAGUCACUUGUUGGUGCUUAUCAGCACUUAACUGGCUAGCUGAUAGCAGUCCUACACUCUGAUUUAUCUUUGGUUAAAAAAAAACAACAAACAAACACAGAAGUGACUGGUUAGCAGAUACUUCUCUGUUCAAUCAUCUUCCUAAAGCAACUGUUGGUGCACUAAUUAUUCAGUGGCUAUGAAUUUGUAUCAAUCUCUAGACUAUUUAUAAUGGAAAGGAUCAUCUUUACAGAUAUUUUAUUCAAAAGAAAAGUGAAUCUCCAGAUUUAUUAUUUAUUUUGUUAUUGUACCCUGUGUCUGCCAUCAUGGUCUGACAGCCCAGAAAAACCCAAAACCUCUUUGCUUGCUUGUCACAAACUCUGAACUCAGGACAAGUUUAUCUAAAGGUUUGCAAACCUUCCAUGUGAACCUUGGUUGAGUUCUGAGCAGACUGUAAUCUGAUUUAUCUGUUUGUUGCAUGGUUUUCAUUAGAGUUCCUUGAAUUUUUUUUAACUGAAUCUUCCUUCUAAGGGAGUUGGGGCAGAGGUGUGUCUGUCUCUCAAACUGUCUUUCUCCUUUCCUCUUGUGUUUCAGUGACAGGGUGUAAGUCAUGAAAAUUAGUUUUUGGGAACUAAAGCUCAAGUUUCUAGUUUAAAACUUCCUUUGAAAACACUAGCAGAAGGUUUUUAUUAUUUUUGGUAUUUUUUUCUUGGCGAUUAAACUGUUGGAACCUGUUCUGAACAGUGCUAUUUUGUUUGCAAAGUUAUUUAAAAUACCUGGAUUUCCCUUAGCUGAAUUUUGUGUUAACCUACUUUUCUCAUGGCCCCAGCUGAAACUCCGUGAUAGUGUUAAAUGUAUAUGUUUGGUUUCAGUGUUCUUUUAGCUGCAAAUUGUCUUAGAGCUCAGAACGCAGAAAAACUUGGUUUGAAUGCUGAUGAGGCAGAAAUAAUGUUUGCAAGGUUUCCUGCAGAACUGGAGGACAAAGUGAGAAGGUGAAGUGAGUAUGGUGUUUGCACUCAACCUUUAAUAUAUUUUGUACUGUAUAUAUCUACCUCAAGAGUUUUAUCGGGCUUAACCAAUAUUUAUAUUGUACAUGCAGAGUAAUGACUGUUGUUAGUCCUGUUGUAUUUAUUUGGAUAGAGAUGUGAUGGUGUUGUAACUCAGGGCUUUGUUUAGAUAUAUUUUUAAGUACAAACUCAGAAGUUUCUCUUAACAUAUUAGCUGUCAGCUCUUGCCUCUUGAAAUAGGACAAAGGCGUGCUAGGUGUUAAGAGUGUUAGUAGAGGGAGAAGAAAUGGAAAAUAGCUUUAGGAUUAAUGAUGAAGUGUGUGUAGGGAGGAAACCGUUUCUGUAAGUUUGGCCUGUCUGAAGAGACUCGUGUGUCAUUUUGGAGCAGUCCAUGGUGUUAUGCCUCUCUGAGGAUCCUGACAGUCUCAAUAGUGAGUUGGGCAAUUGGCAGGUACAAUUGCCUGCGAGAGGAUAUCUCCAGUGGAUACUCUGGGAAAUGUUAAUGCUGAUGUUUAGAAUUGGUUUUAGGGUAGACCUAAGUAACAUGAGUUACCUUUCUUCUGUUACGCAUUAUAGCCCAUAACAAAGCUAUCUGUAUAAUAGGCUUAUCUCUCUGGCACAGCACCACAACAUAUCCAGAUUCCCUCACACUUUGCAAAACAGAGCUCAUCUAGACUUGGACUUUGGGCUGCAGACUCUAUUUUCCAGCAUUAUAAAAAUAAGAAGGUGAGCUGGGCAGGAAGGGAGAAUCAAGGAAGUAGGGCAAUAGUUUGCAUCCAGUGCCCACGUUGAAGGUGUGGUAGCGUUUAGCCAGGUUUCAAGGCAGCAGUGGAGCGGAGCAGGUCUGGCAGGUGAGUGACAGUGGCCACAGCUCAUACUGAGAAACUCAGCCAAGAGUCUGGCCUGUGAGUGGGCUGCAGCUGGGUGGAGUAUGGAGCAACUAGCAGCCUGCAAGGUCAUGUAUGUAUGAGCUCGAGGAAAAUAAAGACUGGCAUGAAUGCAGGAGAAGGCUGGUGGUUCCUUGCUGUCGAUACAGACCUGCACCUGUUGAAUGCAGUGAUUGUCUUGCUUCUAUCUUUCCUAAGCAGUAGGAUUCACUUUUAAACAGUUCAGGUGGAAAACUCCCCCAGAAGAAUUGUUCUGAGGAGCAUUCUGUAGGUGCUGGGAGAAGAAAAGCCAGGAAACCAGUAGCUGCUUGAGGCAAAGUACUUGAAUUGCAUAUUCUUGAGUAAUUACUUGUAUGGUUCGUUAUUACAGAUUCAGGUUCCUUACACAUUGUUUUAUGACUGUUGUAUCUCUUCGUAAUGUACAGUCGCUGAAUGCCAAGCACACUGGUGGUAUGCUUGUUCUCCUGGCACUGAUUGCUGCCAUGUGCAAUUCAAGGGCAUACCUGAGGCACAGGAGACCUCUGUUAUGUAUCUGUGAUGGGAAGCAGCAGGGAGAAAGCUGUUAGGAACCAUAUAUGAGUUUUUGGUAUCU